ACUAUAUUUUGUGUACUACGAGUGGAGCACCAUGUUCACUUAUUGUGUGUCUCAUUUUUCCAACAUUUUGACUCUGGUUGUCACAUUGUUUCUCAUAACUAAUCCAACUUGUUUUUGUUUAAAUUUGAAAUUAGUAAAUACAUCUGCUUAUAAUGGUUUCUCACAAGGAGUAGCAACAUGGUAUGGUGAACCGCGAGGAGUAGGAAGUACAGAUGAUGUGGCUGCCCCUCCUUACAAUGGCAUGAUAUCUGCUGGAAACAACUUUUUAUUCAAAUCUGGAGCGGGUUGUGGAAAUUGUUAUCAGGUAAAAUGCACAGGAAAUCCUGAAUGCUCAGGGAAUCCUGUAAGUGUAACAAUUACAGAUGAGUGUCCGGGCUGUAGUGACCCUGUUCACUUUGACUUGAGCGGUAAAGCCAUUGGAGCCUUAGCUAAACCUGGCCAAGAUGAUAAAUUACGGUCAUUGGGAAAAAUAAACAUCCAAUAUCAAAGGAUUAGAUGCUCUUAUAGUACAUCUAUAACGUUCAAGAUUGACGAGGGCUCUACUCCAAAUUAUAUGUCGUUCGCCAUAGAGUAUGUUAAUGGAGAUGGUGACAUUGGUGCAGUACAAAUAUCUUCUCCAAGUUCAAAAGGAUGGCUCAAUAUGCAACGCGUUUGGGGCGUGACAUGGAAAGUUAACCUAUCUAAUGGUGUAAAUGGUCCGUUUUCUGUGAAAGUAACAACAAUCGAGUCCAAAGUAACAUACAUUGCGAAUAAUGUGAUUCCGGCAAAUUGGCAACCUGGUCAACACUAUCAUGGA